GCGUUAUUAAGAAAUCAAAUGGUUUAUAAUUAUAAUGGAGUAUGAUCAUUAUCAUAUGUCUGAUCAGAGCAUUUUCUACAUGAACAAUAGAUGCCUAACUCUAUAAUCCUGUGAAAUGGAAGACACACCUUUCCCAGGGGUCCCUCUUCUUGGAAGUUGAUGAGUAAAGGCCAACUGGAGCAGUAUUUCAUCAUUAUUUGCACUCUGUGUUGACAGAGGAUCUUUAUGAGAACAUCAAAACAUGGGAGUUGAUCAGAAGGAGGCAGUGGCCAGGGAAGUCAUCACAUCUAAUGCUCUUGUGUUUACUUCCACAUCUGAUUUCAGGUGUAUAUUAUCUCAGGUUCUAUUGAUUUACAAAUGUUCCUAAUUCUACUUCAGAUGUGCACAUCCUUAUUUUUGAUUGGCCAUAUCCCUCACCUGAUCAAGAAAUGGUGAUGGGUUUCCAGUGAUACUAGACGACAAUACCAACUCUGUUGAACCUUUAAAACCCUCCACUAUUUGAUUCAACUUCCCUUUCCAGAUUCAUUUCAUAUGACUUCCCCUUAAGCACUGUCACAAUCCAGUCAACUGGGCCUAUUUGCUCUCCUCUAUAAAUGAAAUGCCUUCCCUUUACACCUUCCUUUCUUGGAAUCCUGAUCUCCCCUCAAGGUUCAAUUCAAGUGCCACCUCCUAUGAGGUUUUGCUUGGUUCUCUAGUUCCUAAUUCAUACCCCCCAAUUCUUUUUCCAACUUAUUUUGUAUAUGUUUUGAUACAUCUUUGAUGGAUGCAAGUCAACUCUCUGUAUGAAAAUUCUGACCCUGAAUCAUAUUUAGUCUAUAAAGAGUGUUUUUAUUAAUAUUUCAUUAAAACUUGAAUACUUCAAUGAGCAUGAAACCCAUCGUAAAGCCACAUGAUACAUUGUCAAGAGUGCUCAAUUCAGCCAAAGGACCUGAUUCCAAAUCCCAAUGCUACUAGUGACUAUCUGAGUGAACUUUUAAGUUUAUUUUUUUCCUCCAUUUAAUAGUAUUUUAUUUUUUCUAAUUACAUGCAUAGAUAAUUUUCAAUAUUUAUUUUUGUAAGAUUUUGAGUUCCAAAUUUUUCUCUUUCCUUUCUUCUCUCCCCCUUCUUGAAGACAACAAGAAAUCUGAUAUAGAUUACAGACAUUUACAAUAAUUUUAAGCAUAUUUCCAUAUCAGUCAUGUUGUAAAAGAAAAAUCAGAACUAAAGAGAAAAACCAUGAGAAAAAAAAGUGAAAUAGUAUGCUUUGAUCUGCAUUCAGCCUCCAUAGUUCUUUCUCUGGAUGUGGAUGUCAUUUUCCAUCACAAGUCUAUUGGAAUUGUCUUGGAUCACUGUAUUGCUGAGAAGAGCUAAGUCUAUCAUAGUUGAUCAUCGCACAAUGUUGCUGUUACUGUGUACAAUGUUCUCCUGGUUCUGCCCACUUCACUCAGCAUGUGUUCAUGCUGAAACAAUAAUGGAGAACUUGCAAGCAGCAAACACAGAAUUUGCCUUCAAUUUUUUCAAGAUUCUGAGUCAAAAAAAUGAAUAUCAGAAUGUCUUCUUUGCCCCUUGGAGUAUCUCAUCCACCCUAGGCAUGGUCUAUAUGGGUGCUAAGGGUAAUACAGCAAAGCAGAUGGCCAAGGUACUUGAGUUUAACAAAGUCGGAGGAGAUGAGGUUGAUAUCCCUCAAAUGACAAGUUGUGGGAUAAUGCAGCAAAUCCAGAAGAAACCUUAUCCUGUUGCCAUUCAGAAGAUACAAGCUGAAAACAAUAUCAACUCCUCCUUCAAGGCUCUCAGUGAUGCUAUUAACCAAAGUUCAGAGAAAUACAUUCUUGAAAGUGCCAAUAAGCUCUUUGGAGAGAAGUCCUCAAGAUUCAAGGAAGAAUACCUGAGGCUUUGCAAGGAGUAUUACUCUGCUGAACCACAAUCUGUUAACUUCAGAGAAGAUGCGAAUGAAGCUAGAAAGGAGAUCAACUCCUGGGUUGAAACUCAGACAAAAGGUAAAAUACUAGAACUGUUACCUGAGGGAUCUGUGGAUGAUGAGACCAGGUUGGUCCUGGUAAAUGCUAUUUAUUUCAAAGGAAAAUGGAAAACUCCAUUCCAGAAUAAAGCAAAAAGACCACAGCCUUUCCGAGUGAACUUGACUGAGCGUAAACCUGUACAGAUCAUGUACCUACAAGAUAAGUUGCACAUUGGCUACAUCAAAGAAUUGAAGGCUCAGAUUCUGGAACUCCCAUAUGAAGGUGAUGUCAGCAUGUUUAUCUUGCUUCCUGAUGAAAUUGCCGACUCUUCCACUGGGUUGGAAUUGCUAGAAAGAGAAAUGACCUAUGAAAAAAUUAAUCAGUGGAUCGAAAAUGCCACAAUGGAGAGCAAUGAUGUUCAUGUGUUCCUUCCCAAGUUCAAGUUGGAAAAUAAUUAUGAACUCAAGCCCAUCCUGCAGAGCAUGGGAAUGAAAGAUGCUUUUAAUAUAAGCCAAGCCAAUUUUUCAGGAAUGUCAGAGGGAAAUGAUCUCUUUCUAUCUGAAGUGUUCCAUCAAGCUGCAGUAGAAGUCAAUGAAGAGGGCACAGAAGCAGCUGCUGGCACUGGGGGUGUCAUGUCAGGGCGAACUGGCCACAUUGGACUGCAAUUUGUGGCAGAUCAUCCUUUUCUUUUCUUUAUCAGGCAUAACAAAACCAAUACCAUCCUUUUCUUUGGCAGAUUCUGCUCCCCCUAAAAUAGAAACAUUCGUUUUUUGCAUAGGAUCUCAUACUAUGAGCAGUAAAUCUCAAAAUUCUUAUCUAGCAGUGCAAAAAAGCCCAGAGGCUUUUUCCAUCAUGUAACCAUUUCUUUGGGCAAGUUUGAUAAAUUAGAAAUGGUUAACUGCUCUAAUAGAGCAAUCAGUUUAAUAGAAAUGGAAAGCAUGAUUUGUACGCAAAAUGAGAACAUUGAUUUGACUGUUCAUCAUUAGUUUAUUUUAAAAUAUAAUUUUUGUUGUGUUAUUUAUUAAUUUAUAAUAUGGUAUUUUAUAAAUAUUAAUAACCAUUUAAUCUGUUUAUAAAACUAAUGAAGCCAUAAUCUGUCAAUAGAAAAAUUGGCCUUCUAAUAAUGCAUUCAGUCAUUGCGUCCUGUAAUAGUGAUUGUAAAAUAUUCCCCCUCCGUCAACUCCAUGGGAAAGUUAGUAUAAUAAGAAUGUAAAAAAAAAAAAAAACUUAUAAAGGAAAAUUAAACCAUAUGCAUAUAUGUCUCAGAGAUGUAAUAGAAAUGGCAAAGCAAAAAUAAAUAAUGUCAUUAAAAUUA